AUACCGCAGUUUAUUGUAAACACAAUUGCACAGAUCCUCUACAAACCUUGUUUUAGUAGAUGCUGAAAUGCUGCCACCUAGUGACCAAAUACAUGUACGCCGAGCCAGUAGACAAUUAUAGUUGUCUUGGCCCCCUAGUACAAUACGCAAAAGAAAAGUUGUUUUUUCCACUGCAGUUGUUGUUUUCAUUAGCAUUAGAGCCUUCAUUUGGUCCAAAAGACAGAAUUAAACUAAAUCUUGUCUCUUUUUUUUUUUUUAACAAUAACUUGAUACUACAAUUGAGUCAAGUUCUCAUCCACGAUUGAACGACAUUAAUCAGAUUACAUUUGGGAUAUUAUUUUUUUUCAAAUCCUUUCCAAUGUAACACUGGAGGAACAAUAAACUACGCAGUUACUCUGAAAGUAAGAUGCAGGUCCUCGUAAAAGUGAUUUACCACAAUUGAUAAGGGCUUCCUUCCUUCCUUCCUUCCUUUAUAUGCAGGUGUCGGUGGCAGUUAUUACUCAUAUGUCAGUCUAGACUGUUGGUUCAGUUGUUCAGUGUUUGAUUAUGGAAAUGCUUUUAACAGUUUUUAUCCUGGACUUGAUUCCGAGUAUUUGAUUUUGACUUUAUUCUAUCUGUUUUGAGGAGCAGUCUUACCAGCAUGAUGCACAUCCUUUAUUUCAGUUUGUUUCUGACUACUGGAGCCACAGUGUUCUCUUCUCUGCGGAUUCUGAAUCAACCUGUGAACUGCAGUCAAAUGGGCCUUUUGGGCUGCAAAAUAAAGAACUGCUCAGAUGAUUUUAUGAUUAAAGAACUUGCUCCCACUGGCCCUGAAAGGGUCUCUGAGCGUGUGGGUGUCGCUGUGGACAAUACUGAGAUUGUGCCAGUUAUGAAAGUGCUGUGGCAGUUAAAGUCAGAUGCCAGUACAUUGGAGCUACACGGGACACACAUAAGUAUUCGGGAAGAAAAAACAAAUAAAAGUAUUUGUGUGCAAUUUUAUUACAAUAUCAGCCAGCAACUGAACCGAAACGAGGCGUGGACCUUUUACCUGAACGAAGUUGCAGUACAGCCCAAACAUACAUACCUGGUGUCACUUAUUAAUUUACCAGAACCGGCUGAUAGAAACAAGAGGAUAGAGAACAGAGUUACGAUCCCAGGAUGCAAUGACCAACGUAGCACCAUCAAAAGAGCCCAAAUAUGUGUUGAGAAUGGCAGUCUCUGGACGCCCGGGGUGAAAACGAUGACGUUUGUUGAAAAUAAAAAGUUGUGCGUUUUUGUGAGAUUUCAAACAGCGCCGUAUUCAGACGUCUAUCGAGUCGCCAUUCAAACGCACGGCAGACAACAUUCAAGGAACAUUAGCAGGCUAAGUGACACAUCACUGAAUGUGACAUUUGAGUUUGAUUUGUGGUGGCUCCGCCAGUGUGAAAUGACUCUAACGAUUCAACCCUUUUUUGCGCGAUGCAAAAACAACUGCAAGAUCCACGAGGAAACCGUCGACGGCUGCAUCCUUUACCAACCACGUACCUUAAUCAUUAAGCUGGUGCUGGCUCUGCUGAUUACCGGCGGUCUUUUAUAUUUGAUAUGUCGAGCAUCUCUUAAAGUUUCUGUGAACACAUUCCCAUCCACUGCCAAAGAGCAACCACACUCUCUUCAAGUGAAACUGAGGAAAAGAGUUCUCGUUAUUUACUCACUCGACCACCCGUUAUACAAAAACGUUGUUCUCAAGUUUUGUGGCUUCCUGGCAACCAAAUGUGGAACAGAGGUGAUCCUGGACCUGCUGGACUCUGCCAGACUGGGAGUAUUUGGGAGUGUUCAGUGGUUGGACUGGCACAGAGAGCAAAUAGAAAGAUCUUCGGAUAAAAUACUUGUACUUUGCUCACCGGGAGUGCAAGCCAAAUGGAGAGCAAUGUGCGGUGACAAGCAUGUUCUCCUGAAGGAGGACGUCCAUUCACCCGUUGGUGAUAUGCUCACCCCGGCCCUCUGCCUCCUGGUGCCACAGUUCAUCCGAUCGACAUCUUUUGAGAAAUACAUAGUGGCUUAUUUUGACGGGAUAUGUUCAGAAAAUGAUGUCCCCGUACCGUUCAACAUCACAGUCCGGUACAAACUCAUGAAACAGUUUGAGGAACUUUUUUUCAGAAUCCUGGACACAGAAAAACAGGAGCCGGGCAGAAUGAAUCACAUUGAGGGGCUGCCGGAGAAUGAGUAUCACCGGUGUCCCUCGGGGAGAGCUCUACGAGAUGCUGUGGAAGCGUUUCGUGCUCAUCAGUUGAGGCAUCCACGUUGGUUUGAAGAUCAAUUUGUGGAAAGCUCAGAGUUGUGAGCUGAGGAACCUAAACCUUGUUGCAGGGUUGAGAUUUUUUUUUUUUUUUUUUUACUUUUUAACUAAGUGACAGUUUGAACAAUUGUGCUAGGAAUUUUCAGACUUGCUAUCAAAGGUUCAAAUCCUUGCUGUCUGAGGUGUGUUGAGCAAGCCCCGAAAAGCCAUGAAAUUAAUUUUCUUGAGGCCUUUAUUUUGACAGGUUCCUGUUUGGUUUUUUUUGUAACAAAACUCCCGAAAAUGUUUUCUUUGAUAGUCACAGCGCUGAUUAGCCGCAGCUAAGCGACCAGUCGGAGCGGGAACGUUGUUUUUCCUUAUUUUAUUUUAUUUAUUUUUUUUGGUACACAUUCUGAUAUAUGUGGUUACUUCGUUCUACAUUAAUUGUUUGUAAAAAUGUAUAUUGUACACCGUAGCUAAGUCACCACUUAGGUCACGUCGUCGUGUGCAGUGGUGUGCUGUGCUGUCACUGAUAAGUAGUUCACUUUCACUUUCCUUCUUAUGGUGUUUCUGGGAGGGUCAGUUAAGGACGGCCAAAUAAAAUCUUCUGGAAACUUCA